AUGGAUCACGAAUCAUCUGCAGCUGAGCUGCACGCUACUGCCGUCGAGCCCCGUGUGAAAGAUCACAAAGACAUGGCUGGUGGUAUGGAACCAACAAAACCCGAAUAUCCUCACGAAGAACACGGAGAAAUUGCAAGUCUCAGCAACGAUGGCGAGGAACCAACCGAAGAAGAGAAACGAACACUACGAAAGGUUUCCGACAAGCUUCCCUGGGCCGCAUUCAUCAUUUGUAUCAUCGAACUUUGCGAAAGAUUCACCUACUACGGUCUCUCUGGUCCCUUCCAAAACUACAUCGAGAAUAGCUACGGCGGUAGAGUGCCUGGUGCCAUUGGACUCGGACAAACUGGUGCCACUGGUUUAACCGAUUUCUUUCAAUUUUGGUGCUACGUUUGCCCUGUGCUCGGAGCAAUCGUUAGUGAUCAAUACCUUGGAAAGUACUGGACCAUUUUCUACUCUGCUAUCAUCUACGUUAUCGGAACCCUGAUCUUGUUCCUGACUUCCCUGCCUGUGGCAAUCGAGAACGGUGCUUCUCUGGGAGGUCUCAUCGCCGCCAUGAUCAUCAUCGGACUCGGCACUGGUGGCAUUAAGUCCAACGUUUCGCCUCUUAUUGCUGAACAGUACCAGAACACCAGCCAAUUCGUCAAGACUCUGAAGAGCGGAGAGCGUGUCAUUGUCGAUCCGGGAAAGACUAUUCAAAGAAUCUACUCCAUCUUCUACAUGAUGAUCAACAUUGGUUCGCUCUCGUCUAUCGCGACCACUGAGCUUGAGGCCAACAUCGGAUUCUGGCCUGCUUAUCUGCUUCCCUUCCUUAUGUUCCUUGUUGGAUUUGCUGUUCUUGUUGCCGGCAAGUCUAAGUACAAGGUUCGUGCUCCUGCUGGUUCCGUCAUCCCCAAGGCUUGCAAGGUCAUGUGGAUCACCAUGAUGAACAAGGGCAAUUGGAACGCCGCCAAGCCUGAAUACUCUGAAGAGUUCACUGGCGGAAAGAAGUACAAACUGAACUGGGAUGGCAUCUUUGUCGAGGAAGUCAAGCGCGCUCUUGUUGCCUGCAAAGUCUUCUGCUUUUUCCCUAUCUACUGGGUCGUUUACUCUCAGAUGCUUAACAACUUCAUCUCGCAGGCUGGUCAGAUGCAGCUCCAUGGCAUUCCCAACGAUCUGAUGCAGAACUGGGAUCCCAUCACUAUCAUCAUCUUCAUUCCCGUCAUGGACUACAUCUUGUACCCUGCACUUGGCAAGCUUGGAUUCCAGAUGAAGCCCAUCACCCGUAUCACUUGGGGUUUCUUCUUCGGUGCAGGUGCCAUGGCCUACGCUGCUGGUGUCCAGAAGCUCAUCUACAACGCUGGACCUUGUUACGACCGUCCUGGUGCUUGCGAGGCAGCUCUGCAGCCUGAUGGAUCUUAUGCUCCCAACAAUGUGCACGUCGCCGUUCAAGCUCCUGCCUACCUCCUGAUCGGUCUUUCUGAAAUUUUGGCCAGUAUCACUGGUCUUGAGUAUGCAUUCACCAAGGCGCCUGCAAGCAUGAAGUCCUUCAUCAUGUCACUUUUCCUCUUGACCAGUGCUUUCGGUUCAGCCCUUGGUAUCGCUCUUUCGCCUACCGCUGUUGACCCUAAGCUCCUUUGGAUGUAUGUUGGCCUCUGUGUUGCUUGCUUCGUUGCUGGUCUCCUCUUCUGGAUCAUCUACAGCAAGUACAACGCUACCGAAGAGGAGAUGAAUGAGCUGGAGAAGUACACAGCACCAGCCAAGUCAGUUGACGUUGCCGAUGAGGAGAAGGCUGCGGCUGCUGAGGCUCCUGCUCGCGAGAGAACCAUCCCUGAGUAG